UUUUUAUUGAUGUUUUAACUUUAAACCAGAAGUCAUUUGAGAGGGAACAUGAUUGGAUGAGCUAUUUGUUGUGUACAAUACUUUGUCAUAUGUUUCUUUUGAUGCUUGUUGUGGCUUUGAAGCACUGACAAACUCCCUCUAUGAAAAGAAAAAAUCAUGAGUGGUGGCAACUGGGUCCCAUAAGGAUUAUAACAGUGAUAAACUAGGCAUCUUUUAUUGUGACCCUAAGAGCAUUGCAUUUUUACAGUGUGUUGUUGUAUUUGGAUGUAUGAAAUUUUCAUUUCCUUAUAAAUCUAAAAACAUAAUUUCUUAGAAUAAUACAAUUUAGAGUGGAUUUUGCUCAGAAUCAUCAUACUCAAGUUUCUCACCUGUCAGGUUAUUACAGUCCUAUGAGACAUUAUAUACAUUGAGAGUUAAAUUUUAAACAAUCCUUACUAAUGAAGAGCUCUAUUGUGUUAAUAUUGAACUUGUGGUAGGGGUUGAUUUUCCAUCAGGGCGCUGCUGAUCGACCAACAUUCUGCCACUUCCUUUUCUCCAAACACUUGGUAGAACAUUAACCAGCGUGUCUCCAUUGGGGUGUCUCUGUGCACAUUAAUGGCUCCGUAUCUGUUUUGUGCAACCACAAGUGUGUGCAUGUGUGUUUUUUUUAAGUGUGUGUGAGCAGUGAGAGCACACAGAGAUGGGUGGAGGGGGGCUAUAAAGCCUCAACUAUAGCAACAUCCAUAUCAUCAGAAACAGGACAGGCUCAGCAGACAGGAUCAUCCAGUAGAUACAGAAAACUAGACAGAGCUUUUUAAAGAAACAACUAAACCAAAGAGGUGUGAGAAAUAUUACUAGGAGUUGUUGGGAAGUUGAAGUCGGAGGCAAUACAUCGGACUAACACUCAGCCAGAAAAGCACAGGUGGUAUCUCAUAUUCUAACAUCUGACCAACUCGGAGUGGACAAACUGAGCCAGAUCAAAGUCCAAACUUCUAUUUUAGAACUGAUACAUCAUUGUCCUGUCAGUUUGAGAUAAUUCAGUUGAAAUACCAGUGUAGGUAGAGUUCUGAAGCCCACAGUAUUUUGUAGUUUUUACUACUAGAGGCAGUUGAAGCAUCCGUGGAAGAAUGUGUUCAGGCAAUUUUGCCAGGUGUCUGGGGAUCACUCUGAUGCCUCUGUCAAUUGUAUGUGUGCUGUGCAACAUCCUGCUCUUCUUUCCCGGUGGAAAGUCUGUGGAGAGUGAACACAUCACAGAGCAGGUCUGGUACUUUGGAGGCAUUCUGGGAUCUGGAGUAUUGAUGAUCUUCCCAGCUCUGGUCUUUCUUGGUCUGAAAAACAAUGACUGCUGCGGUUGCUGUGGCAAUGAAAGCUGUGGGCGGAGAUUUGCGAUGCUGAGCUCUAUACUAUUUGCAGCAGUGGGCGUUUUGGGUGCGGGUUACUCGGUUAUAGUUUCGGCCGUGGCCAUCAACAGUGGACCCAAGUGUCUGUUUUACACGAAUGGCACAGAAACAUGGGGCCAGCCCUUCUCAAAUGGAGAUUACCUGGCCAACAAUACUGUCCAGUCGCUGUGUUUAGAGCCGGACAAGGUGGUGUCCUGGCAUCUGGGUCUGUUCUCUGUGCUGCUGGUCAUGGGUUUGAUCCAGAUGGUGCUGUGUGCUGUGCAGGUGGUGAAUGGCCUGCUGGGAGCUCUGUGUGGAGACUGCUGUGGCUGCUGUGGAGAGAAUGGAGCUGUCUGAGCGUUUCCUGCAGCUAUGAGAGUCUGAAGGCAGCUGUUUUCCCUGUAUUUACUCUGUUUUUAGAGGAUGGAAAUAGUUUAUGGCUUUUUCUACUAUAUACUGUAGCAAUGUGAGCUCAAUGAUUACAGCACCUGUGAAAUGACAGAGCUCUCAUUUAAAAAGUUUACCAUUUACUCUCUUGCAUUAAAUCAGUAAAUAAAGGUGGUCUUAUUUCCAAGAUAUAGAUGAAAAACAAAUAUGACCACAAGAAAGGAUUCCUUUAAAUAUAGUUUUUUAAAUAAUCAAACAAACAUAUAUAGAGAAAUAAACAUUGCCUCCUCAUUAAGAUGUCUUUCUCUUUUGUCACAUGACGUCCCCAUUUUAGUUUUGUUUGCUGCAAGACUUCAGCACAGCUGGUAUCCAUGGCUAUAUAAAGUGUGUCAUAAUGUCUUUCCACAACAAACUCCUUGGUGUCUCAGUCCGUGAUGUUGUGCCACAGAUAAAUGUUAUACACUGACAUUAUUUGUUAGACUACUCAUUAUGAGCAUUGACGUAACUAUCACUGGGAUUUAGCACUUCUAUUUUAUGCACACAUACAAAUGUAGGCCU